AUGUUCCGCUUCCUGCUUCCUGAGAGUCUGUCUUCCGAGUCUCGCCUGCAGCUGUCCAAGAAGGCCAAGCUCGCCGCGGAAAGGCGCCGCGAGCGCGACCAGGAGCAGAUGCACUGGGAGCGCAUGGGCCCUCGGCGCAUGGGUUCGGUGUCACCCGGCCCCGAGUCCUCUCCCGGCGACAGCGGAUGGUCUCGCCUGCGCGCCGCGACGUCGCGCCACCGCACCGUCCGCCGCUCCAUCGGCAGUCUGCGCCGCCUCGUCCGCCGCUCGCUCUGGUUCCUCGAGCCGCUCAAGGUACUCAUCCCAGAGAAGAUUGACGGCAAGCGGGACUGGAACCUGCCCAUUGUGGCCUUCAUGCUCUUCCUCGGCAGCUGGAUCAUGGGCGUUCUCCAGAUCAAGUUUAUGUACGCCUUCUACGCCUUUGGCUGGGGUACGGCCCAGUUUGGCCCGUAUCUGUCCUUCAUCGCGCUGUGCCGCGGCACCGUCCUGCUCGGCAUCAUGCCCGCCGCCAUGUACUUUGUCAAGCCGUGGUUCACCGCCCCUUCCGUCGCGGAGCCCGUCACCGUCGAGCCGGCCACCGAGGCGACGCCCCUCCUCCGCGAGACGGAGGGGGCUGGCGCCCCCGCCAACACGUCUGAGGCGACAGACCGCGCCGAGCCCCAGGGCCAGCCGAAACGCUCCCUCUCCCUCGACCUGACGGUCACGAGAUUGUGCCUCUUCAUCGAGGUCGUCGGCUUCCUCGUGCUCGGCCUGAACGCGGGCAACUCGGCCGUCAUCUUCGUCGUCGCGUCGGCGUACCUCACCCUCGGAUCUCCCGGUUCCGCCGCGUGCAACUCGCUCGCGCUCGGGUUCCUGCGCAAUCAGCGCGACGCGGGCGCGCUCUUUGGCGCCCUCGCCGUGCUCAGCGCUAUUGGCAGCGCGCUCCUGUCGCCCAUGAUCAUGGCCAACCUCUUCUCGGCCACCGUUGGCAUCUACGCACCCGCCAUCUUCCUGUGCGCCGCGGGAAUCCUUACUGUUGCCCUCCUGUCUAGCUUUGCGCUACGUAUUGGCAGGCACCCCGACGAGGAGAGCGCGCGCGGUAGAGAAACGCAAAGGGGAAAGAGCAGGAGCCGCAGCCGCAGGAGGCACAGGGCUGAGAGGGAGAGGGCCAGAGCCGAGUACGUCAAGUCUGGUCACGAUGACUCGGAUGUUACUUCGUCUUUCUCUUGCAUUGUCCUAUCAGCCACACCUUCACUCGUGCCAGUGGACGAGGCUGAUGCCCAUGCCGCUACACUCGGGCUCCUGUUCAUGAGGUUCCCAGAGGAGUUGGCCGCUGAGCGGUCCGCUCUUCCGCAGUGCAGGCGAGGCAGUGGGCCGCCUCCGCGCCUCUGCCUGCUGCUAGCUAGCGGCUGGCCGGUGUCUGCUUGUAGCGCACAAGCUUAA